AUGGUGGAAAUCAGAGGUAGAACAACAACAGCAAUCAGUAGAACCAAUAUCAACAGAACCAAAACCAGCCUUACUGAGCAUCUCACCAAAGGACAAAAAGACCUUCAAAACUCAAUUAACUCCACCAUAAACGGUCUUAACUCCACCUUACAAGCUCUCAUCUCCCGAUUGGAACCAUCUUCCACCCUCAACAAUCAACAUGCAAGCUCUAGUGCACUUCCUUCUCAACCUUUACCUAACCCCAAAGGAGGAAUCAAUGCCAUAACUUUGAGUUCCAGAACCAUACUGCAAGAGAAGAGUCAUGAAGAGCCAAGCCCAAAAGCAGACAUCCCAGUUGAAGACAUUGUUGAGGUAAAGGAUAUUGAAGAAGAGGAUGUAGUACAAGAAGUGGUUGAAGAAGAAGCGGCUCAACCAAGAAAGCAGACGGAGCUAAAUCCCAAGAUGGUAGAGAUCUUCAAAAAGGUUGAGGUAACUAUUCUCCUUUUUUAUGCUACUCACCAGGUACCUAAGUAUGCUACGUUUCUAAAAGAUUUAUGCAUGAAUAAAGAUAAAAUACAUGAUUUAGAAACUAUUCCUCUAGGUGCAUGUGUGAGUAUUAUUCCAUUAUUUGUAUAUGAUGCUUUGAGGCUCCCUCCCUUAAAGAGGUUGGCAGCACGUUUUGUUUUGGCAGAUAAAAGCAUAAUCUCGGUGGUUGGAAUUACUAAGGACGUGCUAAUGAGCAUUAAGGGACUAACAUUCCCUAUUGACUUUUACAUUUUGGAGAUGCCCCCUAACGACUCAGGAAGACCAUCAUCCAUCCUGCUUGGAAGGCCAUUUCUAAAGACUUCAAGCCAUAAGCAGAAAAUUGAAUUAAAGCCCCUUCUACCCCACCUCAAGUAUGCUUACCUUGAGGAUAAUCAGAAGCUCCCAGUCAUCAUUGCAAGGGAACUCACCUCCCAACAGGAGGAGCAGUUGAUUAGUAUGCUGAGAAGACACAAGAAAGCUAUUGGGUGGAGCUUGGCGGAUAUAGUAGGCAUCAGCCCUCAAGUUUGUGAGCACUGCAUAUUCUUAGAAGAGGGAAUAAGGCUUGUCUGUCAACCUAAAAGGCGACUGAACCCCACCAUUCUACAAGUUGUGAAGAAGGAAGUGACCAGAUUGCUUGAAGCUGACAUCAUCUAUCCAAUCUCGGAUAGUGAAUGGGUCAGCCCAGUACAGGUGGUACCAAAGAAGUCUGACGUCACAACAGUGAAGAAUGAGCAUGGGGAACUCAUUGCAACUAGAGUGCAGAACUCCUGGAGGGUGUUCAUUGAUUAUAGGUGCCUCAACCAGGCCACUCGCAAGGAUCACUAUGCACUGUCUUUCAUCGAUUAA